CGAUGUUGACAGGAACGGGAUGACGUGACCGUGUGGAGUCUCAACGAACAAAAAGGCCGUCACACGCACCGACACGGACAUACAGUGCAGUUCGUCUACACCGCUCCCCCCCGCAUGGCCCCCACACGAACCGCGCCAAUGUCCACAACCUCGUCCUACUCGUCAAGCCAGCACGGAACUACGACGCAUUCGUCAAGCGAGAGCGGGUCCGCCGGUGGCAACCGGCCGUGGCUCAACGUUCUCGCCCGUCAACAGCCGCUGGCCACUGGCAUCGAUGCGGCGCGGCUGGACAACGUGUGGGCAUGGAACGUCGGGCUCACCAUUCUGCAUGCGGUGCAGGGCGUGGCGAUCAUGGCGCUCGGUACCGGGUUCCGCAUUCCCAUCACCGCUGCCUUUCCGGACGGCCCGCCAGGCUCGGCCCUCCCAGCGCCGGGCAAACAGUUCAAUGUCGACGUCGGUGUCAUGGUCGGCGUCUUCCUCCUCCUCGCUGCGCUCGACCACGGGCUGACGGCUAGCGUCUUCCGCGGGCGGUACGAGAAGGACCUCGCGCUUGGCAUCAACCGCUUCCGCUGGAUCGAGUACGCCAUCUCGGCCACCAUCAUGAUCUCGCUCAUCUCGCUCUACACCGGCAUGACCCAGUUUGUGACUCAGCUCGGGGUCAUCGGAUGCAACGUCUCCAUGAUCAUGUUUGGCCAUUUGCAGGAGAAGAUGAACCCGCCGAGCCGGACCGAGACGACGUACACUCCAUUCAUCUUUGGCUGCUUUGCCGGCAUCAUCCCUUGGAUCGGGCUCUGGUUCCAGAUCAUCGGCUCGUCGACCGUACCCGGGUUUGUCUACGGCAUCAUCAUCUCCGAGUUUAUUCUCUUCUUCUCCUUUGGCGUCAACCAGCUGCUGCAGUACCUCGGCGUCGGCUGGUGGGCAUCGUACGGAUUCGGCGAAAAGGUCUACCUCGUCCUCUCGCUCGUUGCCAAGUCGGUCCUCGCCUGGCAGAUUUACGGCGGCUCGCUCUCUGAUGACGAGUAGUUGCCCGCAUCCACUCUGUCGGCAGUAUCGCGCUGUAGUAAACAACGUCAAACUUCGCAUCACCUCACUCC